AUUCAACCACAGAACAACACUUCACCAGACGCGUUUCAAUACUUUUAAUAUAUCCGUUUGUGCAUAUUCAGUGGCCGCCCAGUUGGCGCGAGAACUCUACACAUAAUAACACCCGUUCUUCCACCUUUACACCACAUCUCCACUACCAACUCCACAGCGUCUCUGGGCUGCAACUCACCUAUCUGACGACAACCCCGAACCCAAGAUACGGAUAGAUCCCAGUCUAAACCUCACAUAAUACUACAGACACGAUGUCGGACGCCGGUGGCAGCUCUCGCGCCGCGACGCCAGAAGAUAAUGGUUCGCCACAAGACACACCCGUUGCCGAUGUAAACGAAAACUCCGACGUGGAACAGGCAGAGGAGAAUGGCGAUGACCGCGACGACCUUGAUUCUGAACUGUCCGAGGUCGACGAAGCAGAGUUUGCCGACUUUGACCCUACCACCGUCGCACUUGGCCCUGUCGAGAUUGAUGAGGAAGUGGCGCGCACCCUGAAGGCCGGAAAGCGCAAGCGCCCAGAGAAGGAUGGAGAGGGCGCACCUAAAAAACCAAAGGAGGGGAAGAGAGAGAAGUCGAAGAAGAGGAAGGAGAGGCUCGAGAGGACCCAGACCGGUGCCGAGGAGUACGACAGUGGCGCGGAUGGAGAGAUACUGGAAGGCAGACGGACGGCGAAACCCAAAUCCGUUAGGAUCGAAGGAGAGCGCAAGGAGAGAGAUCGCGCAAAGGAGAGGAAGAGGGAAGAGGAGCGAGUGCAAGCCGUGGACCAGGAGAAUAUGACCCCGGAGCAACGGAGGGCUGCAGCUCUCGACGCAGCAAUGGAUGCGGCAUUGAAGAACCCGAACAAGAGAAGGCGCAAGAAGGAUGAUGUGGACCUGGAAGAAGCUUUCGACGAUGAGAUUGCGGCCCUGAAGAUCCGCAUGGAACAAGCCUGCCAGGCUGACAACACGGCUCGCGAGCGAGGCCAGCCGGCCGUCCAUAAGCUGAAGAUGCUUCCCGAAGUCGUUGCUCUUCUCAAUCGAAACACUGUUCGCCACUCCAUUGUUGAUCCCGACACCAACUUCCUCCUUUCCGUCAAAUUCUUCCUCGAACCCCUGAACGACGGCAGUCUUCCAGCAUAUAACAUCCAGCGUGAUCUUUUCAAUGCUCUAGCACAGCUCCCCAUUGAAAAAGAGGCUCUUCUCAGCAGUGGUAUUGGAAAGGUGGUUCUGUACUACACCAAGAGCAAGAGACCUGAGAUUGGGAUCAAGCGCAUUGCAGAGAGGCUUCUCGGGGAGUGGAGUAGGCCGAUUUUGAAGCGCAGCGACGAUUAUAAGAAGAGGAAGAUUGCCACUAAGGAAUAUGACUUCCAGGCCGCACAACUGGCCCUUCGCCCAUCCGGCACACAGUCUUCGAGCCAGCCAUCCAACGGAUUGUCCCGAAAGGAGCUGGAUCGCGAGCGCGUACUGGCCGCGCCAAAGGCGGGUAACAGGGCUAGGCUGGAGACGCACAGUGCCAGUUAUACUGUUGCGCCCAAGAGUACUUUUGAUCCGCAGAGAGCCAUGGACCCAGCGAGCAGGCCAAUUGGUGCAAGUGGUAUGGAGGCUUUCAGGAAGAUGACCGCAAAGAAGGGGACGAAGAGGUCUUAAGGCUCCAGUCUCAUGCGAACAGAGCAAUGGAUGGGCGUUUUGAGAUGGCUUUAGGUGUAUUUAUAGUUCACAUAUCUGCCUUUGACUAGGCGACGAGUGAAGAAAUGGCUGGGGCAAUGGCGCACAUUGGGACCAGAGAGGCGUUAUGUGCUUUGCGAGCGAUGAAUCUGAACAAAGUUUAGGGGUCUACCUUUGAUAAUCAUAGCAUCCAAUUGAAGU